ACACGUCAUAAAUAAUUUCAUCGAACCUUGUUAAUUUUUGUGUAAACAAGAACAAAACCAGCCGGAAACAAAGAUGCGACCAUAAACAAUAUUUUAACAUUUUGACAACGACAGCUGUUUGAAAAUAGUGACAAAAACUGGACGUAAAAUUGAAAUUCAUUUCACAUUUUAUUAAAACUAAGUGCAUGAUAAUGAACGUUGUAUAUUUAUAAAAGUGUUGAAUUUGUUGGUAUCUAAAUAAUGAGUGUGGGUUUAAAAAGAAAUUCAUUUGUAGUUUGACAAUCAACAUGUAUACUUUGAAGGGUAUAUUUCCCGAGCCGAAGAAAGAUCAAAAAAAGAACUUCAUCAAAGAAAAUAUGAAGCAGCUGAAAUACAUUCAGAAACAAUCACCAAAGGAGACUUCUAAGAGUCUUCGAACUCAAGAUAUGACCAACUCUGCUACUGGUAGCACAAUUGGUCAAGUAAAAUCCUCACCAUCAAACAAAAGUGCCAAAAUCAGCUUAAACAUUGGUAAACCUGGUGCUGCAAACAGGAAAAAACUUUCAGACAAUGUACGGAUAAAAAAAGGAGACAUGGCAGAAUUCCUUAAACGCAAAGAACUUAGACAAAUGAAACCUGUAGAUUUACAAAAUGAUGACGAGAACUCCUCAGAAUCAUCUGGACAUCUCCGAGAUGUUGCUUGCCAGACUAUCGAGUCGAAUCUUUCACAAAAACUGACAGAAAGCACAAAAUUAACUGUUCUCUACCCUAAGAAGGAAGAUGAUGGUAAAGUGAAAGCAUGUGGCGAUACUGGUCUUCAUCGAAGUCCUCCGCCAUCACAGACUCCACGUAAAGGUGGAGAUGAAAAUAUAGAAAUAGAUAGGAACAGAAGUCGUCUUAAUGCUAUAUUGGAAAGGAAGGACAGUAAAGAUCCUUACUUGCCUUCAGGCUACCAAAAAGGAGUUUUACCAAAAUAUCUCCGAGAACGGAAGGAGCAGACACAAAAAGAUUCUGAAGUAGUCAGUGAUAGUGACAAUAUUCAGUGUCCACCUGGACAUGUCACCUUACCUGAUAAUGAGAGAAAGGAAACACUUCGGAUGCUACGAAAUAGUUUUGCGGAACUUGUCAAUGAUUUAAACAAAUUGCCGGUCAAGACUGACACUCUCAAGAUGCGCAACAAAAAGAUGGAAUUAGAGAAACAACUGGCAAAAUUAGAAGAGGGUAUAAAAGUUUUUUCACGACCAAAAGUUUUUGUCAAAAUUGGUGAAUAAUACGACAGGGUUGUUGUUGAUCUCCUAAGAAGCGUUUGGAAUUAAAUAAAAUCUUAGUUUGUGAACACAAACAAUAUUUUGAAUAACUAAUAUAAAAAAUUAUACUAAUCACGAAGAUUCAAACCAAUUCUUUUAGUGUUCAUUAUUCAGAUUAAAUGUCACUAUAAUUUCAAAAUGUCUUAAAAUUUGUUGAAAUUUAAUGUUUUCAAAUAAAGUCAUUUUACAUGGGUAUUUUAGAAUAAAUUAACUUUUUUCAAACAAGUUAUCCGUCCAUAAAUUGUAUGUAAAAAAUUACUUUAUUGAUCUCAAUCUGUAAGUUAAUUUCCUUUAUAAUGUUAGUCUCACAAUAAUUGUUAGUUACUUGUUGUAUUUUUGAAAAUAUAUA